AUGGAGAAGCUAAGGGAAGAACUUAGCUCCAGGUUGGCCCAGCUCGGUUCGUCGCUAGCUUCAUCGAACGAAGAUGCCAUCAUGGAUGACAUGGUGGAUUACGUACCAUCCCCCUACGAGGGCCCUUCUACCUCGGCCGAAGUCGAAACAACAAGAAUCCUGAAAAAGCAACCGAGAAUGAUCCCUCGUACUGAUGCCCUAAAUGAAGAUGAAAUUGUCGACUCAAUCAAUGCCAAAUAUUUCAUCGAUGAUGAGGAAUUUGACGCGAUAACUUAUGAACUAAAGAAAUUAUCAACAAGCAAUGAGUUAUUGGAAGACAUUGAACGUGAAAAGUUGAAAUUAAAGACGCAGCUGGGUGUGGUUAGCAAACGAAUCGCUAAAUUAAUUUUGGAAAAGAGCCCGGAUUAUUCCACACAAUUGGAGACUUUUUCGGAGAUUCGAAAAUAUUUGCAUGAGUUGAAUGUGCGGGUGACUGGAAUACGAAGUAUUCUUGGGGAAGCAAAACGGCGUACCGGUAAUGCCCUUAAAAUUUUGGAAAAUGAAGAAGAGAAGGAUAGGUUGUUAAAGUUGAAGGAAACAUUAUAUGUGGAUUGUCAAUUCCCACAAGCCAUUGAGCUCUGUGCAUCCGUCAAGGAGGCCGCCUCUGAAUACCUCGAAUUCGAUGCUGUCACGGAUCUUAUGGACAAAUUAGACAACACGACACAAUUGAUAGAACGCGAAUUAUCAGCCACAAUACCUCAGUUAUUGGUUCGAUUUGAUGCCGAUCGAUAUGCAUUUGUCUCGACGGCCUAUAAUAUUUUGGAAAAGCAACAAGAAGGAGCCGAAGAUUUUGUGGGAAAAGUGUCGAUAGCUCUGGAAGGUACCGCGAGGACGCUACUAAUCGAUAAUAUAUCCGCACAAUUGCCAUCGAUGGCUGAGCAAUUGGAAAUUAAUGAAUUGGCAAAGAGACUAAAACCCGAAAAUGUUCCACUUGUUUUUCAUCAAAUGGGGAUGAUGCUAUGCAAGAUUCUCUCAAAUUACCAAGCCAUGCUGAGACAUCACAUAGAAGAAGAUGAACGGGCCGAUUUGUUGAGAGGCGAAACAUCAACAGAAAAAGGCCCGUUUCAACUAGCCCUUCGUGCACAUCUACCCCAAGCCUUCAAUACCGCGGCCGAAAUUCUGGCUUCGCUUUUGUCACCUCACGAUCUUUCUCAUGCUUCCUUCGAUGAAUUACUACUUAUCGUCGAUCAAGCUAACAAAUUUCGUCGUUUUGGGAUUGCUCAUUUCGGUGCGGAUCCGGAUUCACUUUUAAGGUUACUGGAAGCCCAGGCGUUGACAUUUUUUGAGCGCUUCCACGCAGAACGACUGGGCGAACUGUGUAUGUUUCUGGAAAAUGAGGUCUUUGCCCUUUGCCCAGUACCAUAUCAAUUUACCAUCUUUGAUCUGCAGGAAUUUUCCUUUCUAAAGGAAGUACGUCCAGAAGAAAUGAAUGAUCGAAGCUCGGAUUCCUCGGAUUUUGGGUAUAUGGUGAUGAGGCCCGAUAGCCCGAACCCAUUUUCACAAAAACAUUCGAGAAGCCAGCUAAAUUCGGUUAGCUCCAUCAAUGGUAAAGAAGCCGAACUUCCCACACCAACAACACACCGGGAUUUGCUGUCGAAUUACUCCGAGCCGGCCGAUCACGUACCACCAAAUCUUUGCAACACCGCUCUAAACUUAUUGCGCUUCUUUGGCCGAUAUAUGAAAAUGACAACGCUGGUGCCGACCAUCGCGGCCCGUUCAGUUCCAGCAAUUACACAACUUUUCAAUUUCUUCUUGUAUUCGAUCUAUUCAUUUUUCGGGAGAGAUGGUGUGGAUGUCGGGGAGGUUAGUCCAACUCUCAAGAAAGUAUUGGAAGCGGUGAAGGGUUCGAUUCAAUUACACGCUGACGGAACGCAUAUAAACCUGGCUUCUCUAUCAUGCGCGAUCCAGCUACAGUACCCUGACCAGCUCUUUGCAGCAUCUGAGAGAAUCAUGGCAUUUGAGUCGCUGGAAUUUGUCGCGCGGCAACUCGAUCUGAUGCGUCCAGUUAUCGAAACAAUGACCCCAGAAGAUUCGUUACUCGAUUAUCUAGAGCAAUUCCAUUCUCAGACCCUCUCUGUAGUCCCCGAGGUUCGAACACUGGUUCUCUCCUGCAUCUCGAGCAAAGCAUUGAAAUUUCCGGUAUUUGUACAGCAGAUUUCGCAAACCAGAUGGGACAUUUCGGACUUGAAGAGCCAGCACAGCGCCUAUGUAGACUUCUUAUUACAGGAUAUUGACAUAUUUGUUCGUCGCUUGGAGGCCGUGGCAAUGUGCGUGAAUGUUACGGUGGAAACUAGAAGGUUAUUCUGGGAUCGAUUGAUUUAUUAUACGUUCCGGGCUCUUGUGCAAGGGUACUGUGAAUCUGGUGGUAAAUGUACUUCUGAAGGUCGUGCCCUCAUGCAGUUAGAUUUUCAACAUUUACUUGGGAAACUGGAGCAUAUUUCUGGGUUAAAGCCGGUGCCCCACACGGCAUUUGUCGAUGCUUAUAUCAAGGCUUAUUACCUUCCCGAAGCCUCACUGGAACAAUGGAUGUGCCAACAUUCUGAAUAUUCACAACGUCAGCUAGUCUCACUGCUAAAUACCGCCUCACACGUCAGCAAAAAAGCGCGCCAACGCAUCGCUAGCGCUCUAGAUCUA